GACUUCUUUACAUCCAUGCCGUGCAACCACUGCAACACCCUUGGCACACCAGAGACUACUGGGCCGUUGAAACAGUGCUCUCGGUGCAAACAAGCGAAGUACUGCUCCACGGAAUGCCAGACUGCAGACUGGAAACUACACAAACGCGUCUGUCGUCCAGAAGGAACCGUUCGCGGCAUAGUUAUGGCGUGCGAUGGUGAAACCCGCCAAAAUAACGGCCUGUUCAACGAGAUCGACCUUGACCCUUCUCACCCGAUCCACACCAAGGGCGUCGUCUGCCCGAUGUCCAAGAAGGUUGGCCUUUCCAUCGUCAUAUACCGACAUCUACAAGAAGACCCACUCUCAAUGGAGCGCACUGCCAGGCUCGAUAACCAGCGGGCGACUUAUCUCAUGAUCAACCCAGUCGAUGGCUUCGCGCCGCCUGAAUGGCAAAUGUGUGUCGGAACGGUCACAGUAAUGCGCCAGGACGGCAAACCCUUGACCAGAGAGAGCAUCGAAACUAUUUGGAUGUACCACGACCAUCUUCUCGACCUCUUUGGCGAAGGUGCCCCGCCGUACAGCCAGAUGACACGCCAGAAGUUUGAGAAAUAUUGUGAGCGUUACAAGGAGGAAAGACUCUUGAAUGGCUACACAUCGUUCCAAAACAUGUCUGUCCCUCUGUGA